AUGCAGGCCUCCCGGCGCCCACCGGCGGGCGUGCACGCCGCCGACGUGGACCCUCACGUAGCCCAGCGAUACCUGCUGAAGCGGCGGCUCGGGAAGGGGGCCUACGGAAUUGUGUGGAAGGCAGUGGAUCGGAGGACUGGCGAGACUGUGGCCAUCAAGAAAAUCUUUGAUGCCUUUAGGGAUAAGACAGAUGCCCAGAGAACGUUUCGGGAAAUCAUGCUGCUCCAGGAAUUUGGGGACCAUCCAAACAUCAUUAGGCUCCUGGAUGUGAUCCGGGCAGAGAACGACAGGGACAUUUACCUGGUGUUUGAAUCGAUGGACACGGACCUGAACGCCGUCAUCGGCAAGGGCAGACUGCUGAAGGACAUCCACAAACGCUACAUCUUUUACCAGCUGCUGCGGGCCACCAAGUUCAUCCACUCAGGACGCGUCAUCCACCGGGACCAGAAGCCCUCCAAUGUCCUCCUGGAUGCCAGCUGCCUGGUGAAGCUCUGUGACUUUGGCCUCGCCCGCCCCCUGGCUGGCCUCCCUGAGGGGCCUGAGGGCCAGGCCCUGACAGAGUAUGUGGCUACACGCUGGUACCGGGCUCCGGAGGUGCUGCUGUCCUCAAGCUGGUACACCCCCGGGGUGGACAUGUGGAGCCUGGGCUGCAUCCUGGGGGAGAUGCUGAGGGGGAAGCCCCUGUUCCCUGGCACAUCCACACUCCACCAGCUGGAGCUGGUCCUCCAGACCAUCCCGCCACCAUCUGAGGAGGACCUCCUGGCUCUCAACUCAGGCUACAGCACCUCAAUUCUGCACCACCUGGGGGCCCGGCCCCGGCAGACGCUGGAGGCCCUGCUGCCGGCGGACACGCCCCCAGAAGCCCUGGACCUGCUCAAGCGACUCUUGGUGUUUGCCCCUGACCAGCGGCUUAGCGCAGCCCAGGCUCUGCGGCACCCCUACGUGAGGAGAUUCCACUGCCCAGCCCGUGAGUGGACACUGGAGACAGACGUGCGGCUCCCGGUGCACGAAGGAGUCCAGCUCACGGCCCCCGAGUACCGCAACCGCCUCUAUCAGAUGAUCCUGGAGCGCGUGGGCAGCAACCGCAACCGGAGGGAGAAGGGCCCGGGGGAGGCCCCACCGGGGGCAGAGCCUAGGGCCCCCCUGCCCCAGGCGUGCGCAACCAAACCCAGAGCCGCCCCCCUGCUGCCCCCCGGCUGGCCCGAGCAGGACCUUGGACAUAGGCCUCAGAACAGCCCCGGUCACGAUCCUGCUCCCGACCCCCGCGGCGGAGCCAAGAACAUUCCCAGGCAGAACUCGGCCCACCUGCUCCAACGUCCGCCCCCAGGAGGUCGGGGGAGAGGGGAAAGGCCCCUCGGGACGACGGCGGAGUCCCCCUCCGCACCCCCGUGGGGGAAGCCCCGCGUGCAGGGGGCGGUGCCCUCCCUGACCUCGCAGGCCGCUGCCCAGGUGGCCAUCCAGGCCCUGAUCCGGAAUGACCGCGACCCCGGUCGUGGGGUGAGGGCGGCUGGCGCGCGACGGGCCCCUCCUUCGCGUCCUGGGGAGGCUCGGCUGGAGCCCCGGCCCGGCCGGAGGAUGUUCAGCGCCUCGGCCUCGCAGGGGAUCCAGGGGGCAGCGAGGGCCGCACUCGGGGGCUACUCCCAAGCCUACGGUACCGUCUGCCACUCGGCGUUGGGCAGCCUGCCCCUGCUCCCAGGACCCCACGUGUGA